AUGGGGUCGUUUCUGAAAAGUUUCCGAAAAGAUGUGGGAUCUGCCGCACCUUCUGUUGGGGCACCACCCGCAAAGAAGGAGCCCCAACCACUUCCGAUGACCCCGUUAGAGAAGAUGCUUACUGAGCUGGGCCCGAUCCGAGGUGAUGGCAGCGACAAGUUCUACGGAAUGGAAAACUUCGGAAACACUUGUUACUGCAACUCAAUUUUACAAUGUCUUUACUAUUCUGUCCCCUUCCGAGAAGCCGUUCUUAACUAUCCCAAGCGGACGCCGAUCGAGGAUCUAGAAGCAGCGCUCGCAAAAGCCCUCCGGUAUCAGGAUCCAAAUGCCCGUCUGGAAGCGGAAGCUCUGGCAGAGAAGCAGAAGGCCGCCAACUCCCCACGGCCCGGACAGCCUCCGAACCCGCAGCAGAAGCCAGAAGAUAAGGAUUCGCCGGAGUACAAGAAGAAGUUGGCCCUGCAAACGCUCCCUCUCCUCGAGACUACUGAUAACUCAGUCAGUUAUGGUAUACCAGAGUCAUUAUUUUCUUCACUGAAGGACAUGUUCGAGUCCAUCGUGGGGAGUCAGUCACGAAUUGGGAUAAUCCGGCCGCAGCAUUUCUUGGAGGUGCUCCGUCGCGAAAAUGAGAUGUUCCGGACAGCCAUGCAUCAGGAUGCUCAUGAAUUUCUCAACCUCUUGCUUAACGAGGUAGUUGUGGAUGUGGAGAAAGCCGCCGCAAAACUAUUAGAGAGCCCUCAGCCCGCGAGUGACGUUUCAGAUUCCGUCAUUCCUUCGUCUAGUUCAGGUUCUAGAACGCCAAACACCACACGGUGGGUUCACGAACUGUUUGAGGGUCUACUUACUUCUGAGACACAAUGUCUCACUUGCGAAAAAGCGUCUCAACGAGAUGAAGUCUUUUUAGAUCUAUCGGUGGAUCUGGAGCAGCAUUCGUCGGUUACCUCAUGUUUGAGGAAGUUCUCGGCAGAGGAAAUGCUUUGUGAGAGGAACAAGUUUCACUGUGACAACUGCGGCGGACUACAGGAAGCAGAGAAGAGGAUGAAGAUCAAGCGUCUACCCCGAAUUCUGGCUUUGCAUUUGAAACGUUUCAAAUAUACCGAAGACCUGCAACGACUACAGAAACUCUUUCAUAGAGUUGUCUACCCCUACCACCUUCGUCUCUUCAACACGACUGAUGAUGCUGAGGAUCCCGAUCGUCUUUACGAGUUAUAUGCGGUGGUCGUACACAUCGGCGGUGGUCCUUACCAUGGACACUACGUUUCGAUCAUCAAGACCCAGGAUAGAGGUUGGCUGCUUUUCGAUGAUGAAAUGGUAGAGCCGGUGGAUAAGAACUAUGUACGCAACUUCUUUGGUGACAAACCAGGGCUAGCCUGUGCGUAUGUGCUUUUCUACCAGGAGACAACCAUGGAGGCCGUGAUGAAGGAGCAGGAGCAGGAGAACACGGAGCCGCCUGUUGAAGUAAAUGCGUCUACUCUGAAGCAAAACGGGUUUUCCUCUUCGGCAACACUUGCUCACGCCCACAGCGCAUCCCAGGUCCCGACAUAUGAGGACCAUGACCGUUUCACGGGCUUGAAACGAGCUCCAACCGCACCUCAACUAUCAACGCAUCCUGAACAUACUACCACAGACUCAGAAAGUCUACCCUCUCCCGCUCCUGAUCCUGCUCCUCUUACUUCAUUACCCCCUAUACCGCCAAUCCCUGAGACACCACCGGCUCCGCUAACAUCGCGAAAGAGCGAUUUGCAGUCUAAAAAAGAACGGGUCAAAGAAGAGAAGGAGCGGAAGGCGGCCGAGAAAGAAAAAGAGAAGCAGCGCCGAAAAGAGAUUGAGACAAGACUCAAAGAUCGACAACGGCGCGAAGACGACGACUUGAAGGCAGCUCUCGAGGCAAGCAAAGUGUCAAAAGAAGAUGAAGAUCGACGCAAUCACGCCGAGAAUGGUACCUCUAAGAAGAAUGCCGGUGGUCUUGGACGAUUCAGAAGUCUUAGCCAGCGCUUAAGCACCAAAGAAAGCCGUACAUCUCUGUCACGAAUCCCGCCGCUUCCGAAUGGAAAUCACACUCUGAGCAAAGUCCCAGAUGAGUCCGAGCAAACGCAUCCGAAGUCACCAACACCGCCGGCGCCGUUGUCGCGACCAGCAUCACAGCCACUUAAUGACGAUCUUUUAGGUUCUCCCCGCGCUGAUACCCUUGCGGUUCCUACAGAACAGGAACAUAUUAAAAACUCAAAGCACGACCGGUCGAGUCAUGGCAAGUGGCGAAGCUUUAGCCUCAGAAAGAAGUCCUUUAAUAUCCUCUCAUCAUGA